CCUUAGGGAGUCUCUCUCCCCCGUAAAUCUCCCGACGGAGAAGAAAAGGCACUUCGAGACAGAGGCAGCCCGUCGGAAGAUAUUCCAAGCAGCACUAAACGAUCACCCUUCCUCUCUCUCUCUCGGUCUCGUUUCAUAGAGACUGCAUUCACUUCCACGAUCGGAUUCUCUGCGCUAGGCUUAUGAUUUCUUGAUUUUAGGGUUUUUGUUUUCUUUCCGGCUGACAGGACAUUUGUAAGAUACAAUGGCUAUGAUCGACGAGCCACUGUAUCCGAUUGCUAUUUUGAUAGACGAGCUAAAAAAUGAAGAUAUUCAGCUUCGCUUGAACUCUAUCCGUAGGCUUUCUACUAUAGCUCGUGCUUUGGGUGAGGAAAGAACGAGGAAGGAGUUGAUUCCUUUUCUAAGUGAGAACAAUGAUGAUGAUGACGAAGUACUCCUUGCGAUGGCUGAGGAGCUCGGGGUGUUCAUUCCUUAUGUUGGCGGAUUGGAAUACGCUCAUGUUUUGUUACCUCCAUUGGAAACUCUUUGUACUGUUGAGGAAACCUGUGUGAGAGACAAAGCAGUGGAUUCGUUGUGUCGGAUUGGAGCUCAGAUGAAGGAGAGUGAUUUGGUAGAUUGGUUUAUUCCUUUGCUGAAGAGACUGGCAUCUGGUGAGUGGUUUACAGCUCGGGUUUCUUCAUGCGGACUGUUUCAUAUUGCUUACCCAAGUGCCCCUGAGAUGUUAAAGACAGAAUUACGGCAAAUAUACAGCCAAUUAUGUCAAGAUGACAUGCCAAUGGUGAGGAGAUCUGCUGCAUCAAACCUGGGAAAGUUUGCUGCUACUGUUGAGCCAGCCCAUCUGAAGACUGAUAUCAUGUCAAUAUUUGAGGAUUUGACUCAGGAUGAUCAAGAUUCUGUUAGACUUUUGGCUGUUGAGGGAUGUGCAGCACUUGGAAAGUUGUUGGAACCCGAGGACUGUGUUUCUCACAUCCUUCCUGUCAUUGUUAAUUUCUCUCAGGAUAAGUCUUGGCGAGUGCGAUACAUGGUAGCUAAUCAGUUGUAUGAACUUUGUGAAGCUGUGGGGCCUGAGCCUACCAGGUCGGACCUGGUUCCUGCAUAUGUGCGGCUACUUCGAGAUAAUGAGGCUGAAGUACGUAUUGCAGCUGCAGGAAAAGUAACCAAGUUCUGCCGAAUAUUGAAUCCCCAGCUAGCAAUUCAACAUAUCCUUCCUUGUGUGAAGGAACUCUCAUCAGAUUCUUCCCAGCAUGUUCGGUCUGCUUUAGCUUCAGUGAUAAUGGGAAUGGCACCUGUUUUAGGAAAGGAUGCAACAAUUGAGCAACUUCUUCCGAUUUUUCUAUCCCUUCUAAAAGAUGAAUUCCCUGAUGUCCGACUUAAUAUUAUUAGCAAGCUUGAUCAAGUGAAUCAGGUGAUUGGAAUUGAUCUGUUAUCCCAAUCAUUGCUACCAGCCAUUGUUGAGCUUGCUGAGGAUAGACAUUGGAGGGUUCGCCUUGCAAUAAUAGAGUACAUACCUUUAUUGGCAAGUCAGUUGGGUGUGGGGUUUUUUGAUGAUAAGCUUGGUGCUCUUUGCAUGCAGUGGUUGGAAGAUAAGGUUUACUCGAUUCGUGAUGCUGCUGCUAAUAACUUGAAGCGUCUUGCGGAAGAAUUUGGCCCAGAUUGGGCAAUGCAGCACAUAAUUCCUCAGGUUUUAGACAUGAUUAACAACCCACAUUAUCUGUAUCGGAUGACCAUUCUACAUGCAAUUUCUCUACUCGCCCCAGUAAUGGGUGCAGAAAUCAUAUGUUCAAAGUUGCUACCGGUUGUCAUUUAUGCAUCAAAAGACAGGGUACCCAACAUCAAAUUUAAUAUUGCAAAGGUGUUGCAGUCCCUCAUUCCUAUUGUUGACCAUUCUGUCGUAGAGCAGACAAUUCGUCCCUGUUUGGUGGACCUCAGUGAGGACCCAGAUGUAGAUGUCAGACUUUUUGCUAGCCAAGCUCUUCAGGCGAGUGAUCAAGUUAUGAUGUCCAGCUAGACAUGCUUGUUGAGGAGUUUUCUCUGAUCUGGAAGUUCCAGGUGUGUCCAUAAUUGUCUUGGAGACGAACCAUGUUGAGCUGCUACAAUAGUCACAGCUGCAAUUCUUUUUCUGUUUUAUGCUUGAGUGCUUCAGUGUUGUAUGAUUUGUAUCCAUAUGACCAACAUGUUCGAGCCUUUUAGUAAACUUUUCAAGCUCGUGCUAUGUCAGAUUAUAUCCUUGCUUUGAUUGAUCUGCAUAGUUUUAGUUGUAUCACCAUUGUGGAAUUAAAGGUAGAACCAAGUUGAGCUAUCUGAGCA